UUUUUCUUUAAAUUGGACAGACAAAUAUUCAAUUAUUAGCUUAUCAAAAGGUUAAAUAGGGUUAUGAGUUGUAUGGGAUAUCAUUCGUACGUUCUGUUUUCGGGCGAAUAUAAUUCGUACGUUCAUUUUGUUUCUUUAAGAAGAGGAAUUUCCGAAAAAAUAUAAUUCUAAAGAAAGUAACAAACAUAACCCAAAGUCAGCUAACGUAAUAUCAAAAGAAUUAAAAAAACCUAAUAUUUAUAUAAUCUUUGCACUCUAUUAUCGAAAUAAUCAGUGAGCAUAUUUUAUUAUUGCGCAGUCGCAACGGUUGGAACAUUCUGAAAGAAGAAGACGAAUGUGUGGAUAUUUUCCGAUCAUAUAUGAUUGUUUUUUAGUAUCUACUACGUUCAUUUUUUUUUCCUGUAAUUGAAUGAUUUCCAAACAGAACACUUUUUAAAUUAAACGAGUGUACAGUGAAUUUGAAAAAAUAAUGUCAGAUACGGUUGGAAAGGUCAUCAAAUGCAAGGCUGUUGUAGCAUGGAAGCCAAAGGAGCCUUUAUCUAUAGAGGAAAUCGAAGUAGCACCACCAAAAGCACAUGAAGUUCGUAUUCAGAUAGUAGCUGUGGCACUUUGCCAUACAGAUGCUUAUACUUUAGAUGGAUUGGAUGCAGAAGGAGUGUUUCCCUGUAUACUUGGUCAUGAGGGCAGUGGCAUUGUAGAAAGUGUUGGAGAGGGUGUUACCGAAUUUCAAUGCGGUGACCAUGUUAUACCGCUUUACAUUCCUCAAUGUGGAGAGUGUAAGUUUUGCAAGUCACCAAAAACUAAUCUGUGUAGCAAAAUUCGUGAAACUCAAGGUAAAGGUAUAAUGCCUGAUGGUACAUCUCGUUUCACAUGUAAAGGACAAACAAUUGCACAUUUUAUGGGCUGCUCUACCUUUUCUGAAUAUACAGUGCUGGCAGAUAUUUCUCUUGCAAAAAUUACACCUGAAGCACCAUUGGACAAAGUGUGCCUUUUGGGUUGUGGAAUAUCUACAGGCUAUGGUGCAGCUUUAAAUACUGCAAAGGUAGAGCCUGGAAGCACCUGUGCUAUUUGGGGUUUAGGAGCUGUUGGUUUGGCCGUAGCAUUAGGCUGCAAGAAAUCUGGCGCAUCUCGUAUUAUUGGCAUAGAUAUUAAUCCCAAAAAAUUCGAACAAGGUAAAAUCUUUGGAUGUACAGAAUUUGUCAAUCCCAAAGAUCAUGACAAACCAAUUCAACAGGUGUUGAUCGAGAUGACAGACGGUGGGUUAGAUUACACCUUUGAGUGUGUCGGAAAUGUAAACACUAUGAGAGCUGCCUUGGAAUCCUGUCAUAAAGGAUGGGGUACAUCCGUAAUAAUAGGAGUAGCCGCGUUUGGACAAGAGAUUAGUACCAAACCGUUUCAAUUGGUCACAGGUCGAGUAUGGAAAGGAAGUGCAUUUGGCGGAUGGAAGUCAAAGCAAAGUGUACCAAAGCUGGUAAAUGAGUAUUUGUCCAAGGAAUUACUUCUCGACGAAUUUAUCACGCACUAUUUCUCGAUCGAGAAAAUCAACGAAGCGUUUGAUUUGCUACAUUCGGGAGAUUGCUUGAGAGCUAUUAUAAAAUUCAAAUAAUAUCGUCCUUUACUUCUUGUAUUGCGAUAUAUGGCCUGCUGGUUUUUGGUGUCUUCCGUGAUUUCUAUAAAGAAAAAUAUUAAUCUUUAGACUGCCAUUUUCCUUUGAAAAGUCACUUUUGUGGCUAUAAAGCCACUUUUGUGGUUUUCCCGGCAGCCUAAAGGUUAAAUACGCGAUGAAACAUAAAUAUGUUUUUCGCACUUGUUUGCGAAUUGCACUUACUAAUGUUUGCUAUGUAUUUGUACUUCAUAAAAUAUUCAAUAAAUAAGUACUCAAUAAAUUUUA